GGGCAGAUGCCAGUGAAUGAGAUGCAGUACCGCCAGUUCAUAGCGUAUGUCAAGCGGUUUGGUCACCUCGCGGAACACGGAUCUCACAACAUAAUGAAUCCAGCUCAGAGUCCAGGUGUAUUUCACACAGAGCAGACGUUCAUGACCAAUGAGUUUGGUACGCCUGGACAGCCAAGCGCUAUGUGGCCGACAGGUGUCUUCAACGCAGGAUCCGCUACGGCUCCAGAAGGAACGUAUCUAUACGACGGCGACGACAGCGACACCACGGACGAUGACGGCGAGGCCAACGCAGUGCUGUUUCAACGCGAGGAUGACGAGCCAGAUAUGUCACAGUGGUCGAACAACGAUCAGGCGGAGUUCUAUUACCAGAAGUAUAAGCGUUAUCGGAAGAAGUGGCGACGCUUCGUGGGCAAA